AUGGCUGGAUGUAAGAGAGAGAGGAAGUACCAGGGAAGAGGGGUACUGUCAUCAAUUGCAAAAGUUGCAGGUUCAAUAGUUAAAAAGAGUGCUGGAAAAUUGGUGAACAAGGCAAUUGACAUUCUACCUGUUGAACUUCACAUCCCUGGUUACCAGUACUGUGGACCUGGUACAAAGCUAGAGAAGCGGUUGGCACGAGGCGAUCCCGGUAUAAAUAGUCUUGAUCGAGCCUGUAAGGAGCACGACAUUGCUUACUCGAGGAGCAGUGAUACAUCGAGCAGAGCAGUAGCAGACAACAUUUUGGCAGAUCAAGCUUGGAGUGUGGUAAAAUCUGCAGACGCAGGAGUACUUGAGAAGGCUGCAGCACUAGCAGUGACCAACAUCAUGAAGGCUAAAGCAAAGUUUGGUGGAGGAGUACACCGCAGACGUAAGACAACAAAGACUCGUGGUCAAAAACGAGUAAAGAGAUGUUCUGGUAAAAAAGGUAAAGGACUCUACCUGAGACAACAAUGCAGGACACAGGGAAAUGGGGCACGUCACCGUCAAUGUGGCGGCAAGAGAAGACGCUAGUUGCCCUACCUGAUCGAGCCCUUA